AUGCACCACUAUCAAGUUUUAGUGCCGGUUGUGUUCGUACUCUACCAUUUGGUUGUGGCAUUCGCUAACACCACGCCGACUGUAACCACCGACAGUAACCUCAGUUUAGCCGAAACCGUUUAUGCAAAACUUUCUAGUGCGUGUAGAGCAUUAAUGGACCUCCAAUAUAACUCAAUGAAUGACAAAAAUGACUUGAUAAAAACUAUGAAGAUCAUAUACCUAAAAGGCAAUACAACUAAAACUUUCCCAAUAGACACCGCCUAUGUAGAACUCACACAACUUUAUAUAUUUGAUAUCACUAAACAAACCAAAAUUAUUAUACACGGAUACAAGGAUAAUUCAUUGUCUGCAGUUCCCAUGGACUUAGCAAAAGCUUACAAUGAAAAGAAAAUGUUUAACGUGUUAUUAUUAGACGCAGAAGAAAUGAUUGGGAAGUGGUACGUUCCAUCAGUCCAUAACGCUCGCCUAGUUGGAAAAAGGCUGGGGAAUCUAAUAGCAAAUUUAGAAAAUUUCGGAGCAAACGCUGAAGAUUUUCACAUUAUCGGCAUAAGUCUCGGCGCUCACAUAGCUGGAUGGGCUGGAAAAUACUUUCGACAAUACAAAGGCCGCAGCAUAGGACGGAUAACAGGACUAGAUCCCGCAGGGCCAUGCUUCUCGUAUGCGUUAAGUGAUCAAAGACUUGAUAAAACGGACGCAGUUUAUGUUGAUGUUAUACACUCAAACAGAUUAGUUCAAGGUAUUAUAGAAGCUUUGGGUCAUGCUGAUUUUUAUAUUAACGGAGGAGGACCAGGUCAACCCGGUUGUUUUAUACCAUCCUGUAGUCAUUUAAGAGCAGCUGAAGUGUAUAUAGAAAGUAUUCGUAUACCUAAGUCAUUUGUGGGUGUACAGUGCAAAAAUUGGGAGCAAUUUCAGAAGAACUCUUGUGAUAAAAAUGAUUACGCCGUCCUCGGAUAUGGAUCAUCGAGCACCGCCCGGGGUCUUUAUUAUUUACGAACAGCGUCCAAAUAUCCUUUCGGGCUCGGUAUCAAAGGCGUUACAAACGUGAAAAAGAAAGCUGUAGAUCCCUGGUUAACAAAUCUUAAUGUUACUUAA